AUGGAGCAGCUAAAUAUUGGGAGAAUAUCAAGAAAGACUGGUCGGAAGGCGAAGAGUAAUGUAUCUAAAGAUGCGCAUGGGUUUGAAGACAUUGAAGAAUUCUUCAUUCCGACCUCUGAGUCCUCGGAGUCGGAAGCUGAUCAGGCAUCAAACUUGACAAGCAUCACCCCUCCUCCCGCACUGGCAUCUUCUUGGGGAAGGAAUUCUCCUACUAAUAAAAUAAAGACAACCCCAUUGAGUAAGGUGGGAGGAAGAACAUCUUUGCCAAAGGCAAACUCUUUACGCUCUCCUUUGCCACAAACUAAGAAAGCUUCUGCAUUGGUAGAGGACACUGAAGAUGAAAGUCAACAGCCAGAAUUUGUGGAUGAUGAUGAUAUGUUUAAUAUGAAUGAAUCUAUGUCACCUAUAAACCUGCAGAAAGAUUCACCCGAUAAGAACCGAUAUCUUCAAAAUUUAGAACAGUUGAGCCCAGAUUUCGAUGCAGAUGAUCAAUUUGUCAAGUCAGUAACAAAGAGAUUAGCAAAUUCUAAUAAGAAGCAGGCACAUAAAAGUAAAAAGGCAGCAAACACCACGAAACGAAUAGCAUUAAAUAAGAAUAGCAGGAGGAAAAAAUUGUCCGAUUUAUCUGAUAAUGAAGAUGAAGACGAGGAUGAAGACGAAGAACAAGAUACCCAAGAUUCACCAAAGAAGACACAGAAGAAGAAGAUAACGACGCCCUCUGUUAACACCCAAACGAGGAAGAUCAAAUCGCCUACUGUUAACACACAGACAUCAUCCCAGCCACUAAGAAGGUCUAAAAAGUCGACUCCGUUGUCACCCAUACCCCGUCAACAGGCGCAUCCCAGCCUCGAUCGAAAGCUAAUCCAAAGACAACGUCAAAACCAAAGGCAAGAGCAAAAACCCAAACAAAUAGCAAGAAGGAAAAUUGUCAUUCCAGACGAAGAAUCUCAAGAUCUUUCUAACGAAGAAGUUGACCCUGAAGUGGAUGGUGGAGAAUGGUUGAAGGAUGGCAAACUAAACACAUUUGUAUAUGAUGGACCAGGAUCCGAUAAGAAAGUUCCAAGGACUAUUGCAUGGGCUCCAGGCCAUGAGGAGUAUUUACCGCCAUUCCAGGAGAAUGGAGAUAACUUUCGAAUCUCAAUUCUUUUCGAUCAAGAACGAGAUUAUGCUGCCGUUGGUAUAAUGGAGUUGCCAAUAGCGGGUCAAAAAUCACUAAAAACCAAUGGGGACAUGUACUUCACGUUCUAUGUGAUCACUGGUUUGGUUGAAAUAACCGUUAGUAAUACUGUUUUUGUAGUCAACAAAGGAUGUGCAUUUGAGGUACCAAUGGGUAACUUCUACCAAUUAAUCAAUAAGGGGAAAUCGUUAGCCAAACUAAUAUUCAUGCAAGCCAAAUACAAAGAUCUCAACCUGGAAGAAGGCCCAGAAACCAUUGACUAA